UCUUUAUCCCUUAUCCGCUUUGGCAAUUGUUCCCAGCCAUGGGUUCUUGUGGGGUCGAGGAACAGGAGAAAGAGGAGAUCGAUGUGGGAGUUCGGGCGGAGGAACAGCCUUUGCCAGUGCCCAAUCGAGGCCUGCCUCAUGGCUUAUCUUUCGCAGCUCCUGCACCAUGCUGUGUUGCUGCAGCCGUUGUAGCUGUAGCGGCUGCACCUCCCGUAACCGCCGUGGCCGCUGCUGCCACUGAGCGACGCUUGAGGGCUGCUGCCGGAGCUCGAGUUCAAAGCGCUUUGAACGAGCAACAUCACACGUUGGAACUCCGUGCCAAACAGCCGCAGCGUCCAGUCGAAAUUUCCAACGACAAACUGUUCAGGUACUUGGACCGGCUUGAAGAAGAGCUGGACCUGCAGAUGGAAGCCUUGGACAUGCGCCUCGUCAUUCUGAAGUGAAGUUU